AUGGCUUUGGAAGAGUAUGAUUUUGUGAUAGAGUAUAUAAGAGGAGCUGAUAAUGCAGCUGCAGAUGCAUUGUCUCGCUUAUGUAUAUCAUCGGAUGAAUUGAAGGAGAUGAAUGAACAAAUGGUGAAUGUUAUGACACGGGCACAGAAAAGACUUGAAAAUAAUAACGUUACUAAAAAUGAUGAAGUAACUGUAAUUGAUGACAAAGAAGUAAUAAUAGCUAACGUGACAAAUGAAAUUAUUGUGGUACCACCCCAAAACGUUGACGAUAUAGCGAUGACUUUAGUUUCAUUGCUAAAAUCUGACAAAAAUGAGAAAAGACUUGAAGAACUUCGAGAGAAAUUGGAUAAAAUAAACAAUUAUGUCGUGAAUAAAGAAAACUACGCUGCUAUAUUGAAAAAUUUAACAGCAGAAUCAGAUUUGAACGCUACAAGUUUUUAUAAAUCUUUGCAAGAGGAUGAUUACAUGAAAUUUGUGAAGGAAAAGGAACCGAAAAACUUGUAUCUCAAACUAAAAGAGGGGAUGAAUAGAAAUGACAUUAUAAAAAUAAUAGCUGAUAAGGGUAGUAAGAGAAAAAUUGUGAAAUACGCCAGGAGAAUGAUGCAAGAAGAUAUGGUGUAUAAUGAGAAAAGCGACAAGGAAAUCAUCAAUGCUGUGGUUGAUAAAUUUUUAGGAGAAGCUCCGAUUGACAAUCAUACGUUUGAGCAUAGAGCUAACGACAGUAUUUACUGGGAUCCCCAAGGAGAAUUAGAAGAUCUUCACAAGAACCACCGACGCAGUAUCGACGGCCGCCGCCUCUUCAAAGGAGAGAGGACGUCCAUCAGAUCUUACCCAUUCAUGGUUUCGGUCCACGUGGUGGGGAGGUUCUGGUGCGGCGGCGCUAUAUACUGGCACGAUUUGGUGCUUACUUCAGCUUCGUGUCUGCAGUUGAUGCAUAACAACCGCUUCUUUCGUGAGAACCCCAAAGCUUUGGCUGUGAGGGUAGGCAGUAACCACAGCAGGAUUGGUGGCGAGGAGGUCGAGGCAAUUGAGGUGUACUUCCACCCCGGCUACAACCCUCGCACCCUACGCAACAACAUAGCCAUAAUCCGUCUCCGACGUCAUCUCUACUUCAGUUACCACCGCAUUCCGAAGCUCAUAGAGAUCUCAAAGUACCCACACGGCAUGGCUUCUACUGCCCAAGUUAUGCUGCUUGGCUGGGGAGUCACAAAGAUGUCCCAAAAACUAUCAUACGAGCCAAUUUAUCUUCAGAGGAAGUAUUUACCAAUCUAUCCCAACACUUUCUGCAAAGAAGUCUACGGGGACAAAUUUGUAGCCAGUAAGAUGUUCUGCGCCGGCACCAUGACGACAGGCGAAGGUGCUUGCGAUCACGACGCAGGAGGUCCCGCCAUCUUGGGUGGUAAACUUGUCGGCAUUAUAUCGUUUGGACCAACCGUCUGCGGUUUUCCCAAUGCUCCUACGGUGUUCACCUUAGUCGGCGCCUACGCUGACUGGAUCAAAAAUGUCAACGAAUCUAUGCCUCCCUACUACCGGGGCAAGAAGUACACCACCACCACCACCCGCCACAUGGUGUUCAGCUACCUGGAGACGUUGCUGUACCUCCACACGUCCACCACCCUGCCGCCACCGUCCCCAUCACCUCUGAUGGAACUGCUUAGACAAGGUCGAUCAGAAGAAAUAUUUGAUGACGAUGAGUCAGGUCCAAGGCAACGGAUCCCGCCGCCGGUGUUCAAGCUGACCAAGAGGAAACCCAAGAGGAGUGAGAGGAAGAAGCAGAAGAAAGAGAAGAAGAUCGAUUUGGGGAAACAGGACCUCGAAAUACAGAUCUCGUGAUGAUUUUUCAAUAAAUUUAUUGACA